CAGACGAGGACAUGUUUGAGAGCAUAUUAAGCACAGUGACAAACCCUGACCUCCCAAUGCGACCAGAGAUCUUUGCAUGCACAGUGGGAAGAAAACCAAACAAAGCCAAGUACUUCUUAGAUGAUGUCUCUAACUUAUUGAAGCUCCUAGCAGGACUAGCUACUGGCCUACUGCAUCGAGCAGCUGCAUGCCUGAGCAUCAAUAAGAAACUUCUUCCUCACAUACACAUGUGGCGCAUCAUUUGAUACCAAAAAAAGAAAUGUAGUGUGAGUAACCAAAAAAAAGAAAUUAUUUUUGUUUUACCAAGCUUGGGGGAUGGUGUUUUCUUCUACCUCUUUCAUCUCUUUGUAUAGAAUCAUCUUUUGAAGAUCUCAAUGGUGGUUUGUAUUUACUCGUAACAGAGUAACCAAAUGAACAAGUUGGUUUUGUAUAUGAGUCAUAAUAAUCUUGUGAGCAUUUUCAAUCACACUAAUAGAUAACACUCUCCCUUGGACGUUUGUUACAACGUCUUCAAUAUCAUGCUGCUAAUAAUUUUUGGCAUUAAAAAAAGCUGUUGUGCCGACGUUUGAUGACAUGACACGUGUGUCGCUCGUCUACGUCUCUCUCUACUUUUGUUGUCUCACUCUCUCUCUCUCUCUCUCCAACCUUCCUUCCUCACAAAUUGUCCCUACUUCCUUCACCACUUACACCAUCACUGUUUCCUUUGAUAACCAUUUCCUCUCUAUCAUUCACAUUGUUCUCUGUUUUUAGAUAUGAACUAGGGUUUUAGCUCUUCUCGUCUCUCCCGAAACUAAAAGUAAUGAAAAGGGACUACUUUCUGUUUCUGGGUGUCAUCAUUCUCCUCUUCUCUGGGCUUGUAGCUUCAGCUCCUUCAUCAACUUCACCCGCGAAGAUUGUUAGUGGGUUCAUCUCAAAUCACGGAACUUCCCUCAUGAAAUGGCUAUGGUCUCUCAAAACCACCUCCAAAACAGCGGUUUCCACGAAGUCGAUGGUGAAAUUCGAAAAUGGGUAUUCAGUGGAAACAGUAUUAGACGGAAGCAAACUCGGUAUCGAACCUUAUUCUCUCCAGGUCUUACCCAACGGCGAGCUUCUUAUUCUAGACUCCGAGAAUAGCAACGUUUACAAGAUCUCAUCUUCUCUUUCCUUAUAUAGUAGACCAAGGCUUGUUACUGGCUCACCUGAAGGGUAUCCAGGUCAUGUGGACGGUAGAUUGCGAGACGCGAGGUUGAACAAUCCAAAGGGGCUUACUGUGGAUGAUAGAGGGAAUAUCUAUGUUGCAGAUACUGUCAACAAUGCUAUCAGGAAGAUCAGUGAAGGAGGAGUCACAACCAUUGCUGGGGGGAAAAUAGUUCGUGGGGGAGGAGGUCAUGUGGAUGGUCCGAGCGAAGAUGCAAAGUUCUCAAAUGAUUUCGAUGUUGUGUAUGUUGGAAGCAGCUGUUCCUUGCUGGUUGUUGACCGUGGAAACCGAGCUAUCAGAGAGAUCCAACUCCAUUUCGAUGACUGUUCUUAUGAAUAUGGAAGUGGCUUUCCUCUUGGGAUUGCUGUUCUUAUAGCAGCAGGCUUCUUUGGUUACAUGCUGGCUCUGGUGCAACGUAGGCUCGGUUCUAUCCUUUCGUAUCGUACUGAUCAAGAAAUAUACAAAGCCGUUCCUGAUCAAAAGCCUUUGAAACCAGUCAGACCAUCUCUGAUUCAAACCGGAGAUGAGCAAGAGGAACAAGAAGAAAGCUUCCUCGUGCCGUUACGGGUAUUCAUGUCGAAUGCUCGGUUGUUUUUAGCGGAGCUGUUCAGUGGAAUGUAUCCUGGUCUCAAAAAGAAGCAGACAGUCAGCUUCAGCUUCAAUCACAAAGAAACGAAUCAUUCUUCUGCUUACAGCACAGCUCAAUGGCCAAUUCAAGAGAGCUUUGUGAUACACAACAAAGACGAACCACCACCUCCUAUUGAGACCAGAAACCCCACUCCCAAAAAGACUUACCCUUUCAUGUCCAAAGACGCAGAGAGUAUUCAACAGCUUCGCAGGAGCCGUUCCUUGUUCAGAAGCUUGGACCCUGAAUUCCAACAGGAGCAGCAGCAUCACCGUAGGCAUCACUCAACUAUCCCACACACUCAUUAUGAGAGGAUCAGUGGGAAGACUAGUGAGAUUGUUUUUGGACCGGUCCAGGAGCAAGACCAGAAGCGUGUGGCAGCAGCAGGUACUGCUAAGCCUACAGAGUAUGGAGAUCAGAUGGAUAGUCACCAGAAUCUUCAUUACAGAGCACACCAAUCUGUGAGUUACCCAUACGGUUACUAUUCCUAUACAUAAGAAGAGCAUUGUAGCUUGGGUACAGGUGGGGUUUGGGAUUUAUUUAACAAUUUGGGGAUGUGGUUAUUUAGAUUUUGUAAGAAAAAGUAGCAAACCUUAGUAAUUUAUUUCGUUAUAUAAAGAAAAAGACGAACACUUCCAUAAA